AUGUUGGAGUUUCACGCCAUUCUGUUAGACUUUAGUACCAUUGAUUUGUCUUCCAAUAGUUUCUACGGAGAGAUUCCAAAUGCAAUUGGUGAUCGUAUCUCACUUCAUCAAAUUAACUUCUCCCACAAUGCCCUCAACGGAAGCAUCCCAAAAUCAGUUGGUCAACUGAAGAAUCUCGAAUCACUCGACCUCUCUGUGAACCAACUUACAGGCCGGAUCCCGGAGGAGCUUGGAGGGCUCACAUUCCUUUCGAAAUUGAAUCUCUCCUACAAUAAGUUUGUUGGAGCGAUCCCAAAAGGGCGGCAAAUUCAAACAUUCUCAGCUGAUUCAUUUGAAGGAAAUUUGGGGCUAUGCGGUUUCCCUCUAGACAUAAACUGCAGUAAUACCACCAGGAUAUGA